UCUCUCCUCACACACUCACUCUCUCACACUCGUCCACAAGAUGAGCCGUGGUCAGCUCGGUCCGGACAGCCGCUCGGAGAAGUGAAGGCGACCUCCAUCCAUGUAGCUGGGCAUCCACGGCUUUAUCCGGAUGCCAUGGUCAAUUCUGUCACGGUUGAGAAUCUAACAGUCCCCCAAAGAUCUGCGCGCCCCACACCUCUGCACUCCUCAACAAAAGGUGAUUACAAUAAGGGCACGUCGAGACUGGACAGUCCCACCGGCCCAGGUUUUACAGGUGAACAAAGUGAUGUCGGUCCUGUUUUACGGCAUGCUGCUCACGUGUCUCGUAGGCGUUCAGGCGGCGGCCGUGGACAAGGGGAGCUCGUCCGACGACUCUGUCAGCUCGUUGAUCAUCAAGAUCCUGCAGGCGGACCUGCUGAAGGGGCGGCUGGCCAAGCAGGGCGAGGGCGAGGAGCGGGAGCCGCGGAGGGCGGAGGGCGAGGCGAGGGCGGCACUGGCCGAGCCGGCGGUGUCGGAGCUGCUGAGGCAGCGGCGCCGCUACCACUCGCCGCGGGUGCUGCUGAGCGAGAGGCCGCCGCUGCAGCCGCCGCCGCUGUACGCGCUGGAGGAGUUCAGCGGCGGCCCGGAGCCGCUCAACAGGACGGGCCGGAGUAAGCGGCACGCCGAGCGGCGCGGACACCGCGGAGAGUACUCGGUGUGCGACAGCGAGAGCCGCUGGGUGACCGACAAAGCGGCCGCCACCGACAUCAGGGGCAAGCAGGUCAUCGUGUUGGGCGAGAUCAAGACGGGCAACUCGGCCAUCAAACAGUACUUCUAUGAGACCCGCUGCAAGGAGUCGAAGCCGGGCAAGAACGGGUGCCGGGGCAUCGACGACAAACACUGGAACUCGCAGUGCAAGACCAGCCAGACCUAUGUCCGAGCGCUGAGCAAGGAGAACAAUAAAUAUGUGGGCUGGCGCUGGAUCCGGAUAGACACGUCGUGUCUAUGUGCUUUGUCCCGGAAACUGGGCAAGUCCUGAUUCCUCACUCCCCUCCCCUCCCCUGUAAAUAUAUAAAUUAUUACUUUAAAUUAUAUGACUCUGCAUGCAGCGUAUGAAUGUUCAUAUUAGAGUAUAGUUCACGACUUUAAUUUAUUAAA